GCUCUACACGAGUACGGCAACCUUUUUUUUCUUUCUCUCCCUUUGGCGUUGGCGGCGAAUCCUAGCCGAGGAGGGUGCAUGCCGUCAUCUUAGAUCUUGAGCCCCUGCGAGGGUCGCGGGUCGCAACGCGAGAACAGUCCAGGGCAGAUCCCAGUAGUCCGGGGCUACAUUUCGGAGCGCCAGAUGACCCGCAGAUGAAGAGGGUGACAUCGGCGGGCUGCGUCAAGUCAGGGGACGAGGGCGAGGGGAAAAGGUGGAGUCCCCAACGUAGAACCUUGGGGAUGGGCAUGCAUAAUAUCUUCUCCCCUCUUUCUUGCCUCAUAUCCUCUGUCUCCUCCAACCUCUGCAAUUACAUCCCCCUCCACUAUUCGAGUCAGUUAUCCUCUGCACAGGACUCGAUAACGCCAGGUAGGAGCUGCAAACGCAAGAAAUCUCUCACUUGCCGUCAAGCAUGUCCGACUUGGAGAAACGAGGCGAGGCAGGGUCGCAUCCAGGUGCUGCUGCGCCUCUCAACGGGGGAAACUGGUCCUCUGAGCCCACAGUAGCUGCAGAUCGAUCCGCAUCGGGCUCUCCUCCUACUACUUCGGCAGGUCACACCGAAGUCCACUCCUCCGGACACGACAACAUAGCAGCCGAGAAGAAGCACAGCGGGGAAGGAGAUUUGGUCAGCAAACCUCGAGAGGGCGAGGUCAAGUCCGACCGCGUCAAGCGCAAAGUUGAGGACCUCGAGUCAGAGGGAUACGUCCUCGUUGGCUUCGAGGAUGGAGAUCCCGAGAACCCACGCAACUGGAGCAAAGCAUACAAGUAUUUCCUCGUCUCUUUUUGCUCCUACCUCAACGUCUGCGUAGCCAGUCAAGCAUCAGCCUACAGCACAGGAUCUUCGGAUAUUCAGGAAGAGUUCGGCAUCAGUAGCGAGCUGGCUACUGUGGGACUUAGUCUCUAUGUGCUUGGUUUUGCUAUUGGUCCCCCGAUUGUGGCCCCUCUGUCAGAACAGUUCGGACGCAAGCCAGUCUAUCUCAUCUGCUGGGCUCUAUGGGUCCUCAUGUCUUUCCCCAUCGCCUUUUCGCCCACAAUCGAGGGUAUCCUCAUCUGCAGAUUCCUUGCCGGAUUGAUGGCAUCGCCUCCGCUCUCUAACACUGGAGGUGUCGUUUCCGAUCUCUUCGCUAGGGACUUCUCGGGCAAAGCCAUGGCGAUUUACACCUUCGGAAGCUGCAUCGGUCCAGCUACAGGUAACGUCUACGCUAGUUUCAUCGCCCCCAAGCUAGGCUGGCGCUGGAUCUACUACCUGACCGCGCUGUUGAUCUUCGGCCUGCACCUGCCCAUCAUCUACUUUGUCCUACCCGAGACUCGUCACAACAUCAUCAUCGAGCGCAAAGCGGCUCGUCUGCGCAAGGAAGCAAGCACGGACAAGUUUGUCUCUGUCCAUGCUACGGAGAAGAAGUCGCUGGCAGCCGGUCUGAAGAUCUCCUUGACAAGGCCCUUCCGCUUCCUCUUCACCGAGCCCAUCACCAUGUUCGCCUCUGCUUGGAACGGUUUCUUGUACGGUCUGAUUUUCCUCUUCAACGAUGCCUUUGCGGAGAUCUGGGGCCCCGGCAAUGGCGGUUACGGCUGGUCAAGCGCUGGCCUGGUUCAGCUCACCUUCCUCUCCUUGAUCAUCGGUACGGCCCUUGCCGCGCUGUCGUACCCCUUGAUCGGCGAGCGCUUCUAUCAGAAGAGGAUCCGCGAAGCAGGGGAGAGUGUGCCCGAAGCGCGCAUGUUCGCCGGCUGCUUUGGCUGUGUGCUUCUGCCCAUUGGUCUCUUCCUCACAGCUUGGACCUGCUAUCCUGAUCGAAUCGUCUGGAUCGUGCCCCUGCUUGGACCUGCCAUCUUUGGCUACGGCUUCUUCUUUGUACUGUUUGGUAUCCUCACCUAUCUGACGGACUCGUACGGAGCCUUCUCGGCUUCCGCUCUCGGGGCUGCGAUUCUGAUUCGAAGUGAGUCCACUCUGCCGCGCCUUCAUCGACUUGAAAGUUUGCUGACCAAUCCCCCAUCUCACUGCCUCUGAUCCCGCUCCCGUUCCAUCAGACAUCAUCGGUGCUAUCUUCCCCCUCUUUGCCUCGUACAUGUACGAGAAUCUGGGUAAUCACUGGGCCACGAGUCUGAUUGCCUUCUUGUCCCUUCCCCUAAUUCCGCUCACAUGGUAC